GCUGGGCUUGAAUUUGCAAUUCUCAUUAAACCAUGGAUCUUCUUAUCCCAUCUCAGGUAAUAGGAACAUUUGUAGCCUUAAUCUUACUGUAUUACUUUCUAUGCAGAUCUCACAAAACCAAGGAAGGAAGGGAAGCCCCAACACCAUCUGGUGCCUUGCCACUUAUUGGUCAUCUCCAUUUGCUCGGGGGACACAAACCUCUUCCACGGACGCUUGGAGCUCUAGCAGACAAGUAUGGCCCGGCCAUCAUGCUCAGACUCGGUGUACAUCGCUCAAUGGUUGUGAGCAAUGCAGAGCUGAUCAAGGAGUGUUUCACUACCAACGACAGGGCUUUAGCUACACGACCUCCUUUAACUGCAGGCAAGUACUUGGGCUACCACUACGCUUUUUUUGGGUUUUCACCUUAUGGGUCAUAUUGGCGUGAGAUUCGUAAGAUAUCCACUCUUGAGCUACUUUCCAAAUCCCGUCUUGAGAAGCUCAGGCAUGUUAGAAUCUUUGAAGUAGACAUGUCUAUUAAAGCAUUGUACUCAUUUUGGGCCAAAGACAAUAGAGACCACAGACCUAUGAAGGUGGAGAUGAAGCAGUGGUUCCAACACCUUACUUUUAAUGUCAUCACCAAACUGAUUGCUGGAAAACGUUAUUAUGGGAACAAUAUUGGUAUUGGAAAUGAGGUUGAUGAGGCACAAAGAUUCCGGAAAGCAAUGACUCAAUUGUUGUAUCUAAGUGGUGUGUUUGUUGCAUCUGAUGCAAUACCCUAUUGUGAAUGGUUGGAUUUGGGAGGACAUGUGGGAGCAAUGAAGUCUACUGCUAAGGAAUUAGACUCUAUAAUUGGAAAUUGGCUGGAUGAACAUCUUCGUCGCAGGAUCCAUAAGAUGCCGCCGUUGUCUCGGUCUCCAUCUCAGGAUGAAGAAGAGCUGGACUUCAUUGAUGUGAUGAUAUCCAUCAUUCCUGAGGACCAUUUGAUGUCUAGUUAUGACCGAGAUACGGUCAUCAAGGCAACUGUCACGCAACUCAUGGGAGGUGGCUCCGACACCACAUACGUUACCCUCACAUGGGCACUUUCUUUACUAAUGAACAAUCCCCAAGUACUGAAAAGGGCGCAGGAAGAGCUGGACGGCCAUGUUGGCAAAGACAGACACGUUGAGGAAUCAGACAUCAAGAAUCUGGUGUACCUCCAAGCCAUUGUAAAGGAAACUUUGCGGCUAUACCCACCUGUACCUUUAUCAGUACCACAUCAAGCCAUGGAAGACUGUGAAGUGGGGGGUUAUGUUGUCCCCAAGGGCACACGUUUGUUUGUGAACAUAUGGAAGCUUCAUAGGGACGGUCAUGUGUGGUCAGACCCUCAAGAAUUCAAACCGGAGAGGUUUCUCACUACACAUGCAGAUGUAGACUUUUUAGGUCAGAACUAUGAGUUCAUCCCUUUUGGAUCGGGCAUACGAUCAUGCCCAGGUAUCACAUUUGCCAAGCACAUUUUGCACUUAACUCUUGCUCGUCUGCUACAAGGAUUCAAUUUUGAGACACCUUCACAAGAACCGGUAGACAUGACUGAAAGCUUAGGCAUCACCAUGCCCAAAGCAACCCCACUGGACAUCCUUCUCACGCCACGCCUUACUUCCAAGCUUUAUGAAGGUUAAAAGUUAGUUUGUUAUUCUUGUUGAGUAUAUUAAAUUGGGGGUUAUAGGGUGUUUUCAUUAUGUUUGAAUAAAAUCCUUUGAAUAAGUUUGGUUGCAAGGAAAAUUACAAAGAGUAAAGGAGGCGAGAUUUUUCAACUUCAAAAAGAAAUAGUGGCAAUCAUCAUUAUCCAACAUGAUUGUAUAAACUACAGAAAUUUCUUGUCAUAUUCAAUAGUGAUACCUUUAGAUGUAAUUUUUCUUUUUUCCCAA